AUGCACUCUAAAAAAGGAUCCCUUGUUUUCAAAUUUCUAGCAAUUGGUGAUUCAGAUGUAGGUAAAACUAGUCUCGUGAAGAGAUUAUGCUCGAACGAGUUUUCGGAUGCAGAGUCUAGUACAAUAGGGGUCGAAUUUCUGACUCAUAAAGUCAAAAUUAAUAAUCAAAAGAUACACCUUCAGAUAUGGGAUACUGCUGGCCAAGAGAAAUACAAAUCCUUAGGAAAAAUGUAUUAUCGCGAUGCAGUAGCUGUAUUAUUAGUUUUUUCAAUUGUAGAUUCGGCUUCAUUUGAACAUUUAGAAGACUGGUAUACAGAAGCAAGGAAAUUGUGCCAUCCAAACGCGAAAAUGUUAUUAGUCUGCAAUAAAAUAGAUUUAAUCGAAAAUAGAGUUGUAUCAAUUAUGCAUAUAGAGCAAUUUUGUAAAGCACGUCAAUUAGAAUAUAUUGAAACCUCCGCAAAAGAAAAUUCCAACGUGGAAGAGUCAUUUCAGCUUUUAGCACGUAAAGUAUUACAAGCAGUAGCUACAAAUGAAAUACAACUUGACGAUGCAUUCCCACAAGAACACAUUAUCGAACCUACACCAGAAAGAGCUUGCUGUUAA